AUACCUGGGACUACAUAUAGUCUGUGACUUGCAGGUAGUCAAGUCCGUAUUCAUCCCCUAGAAACAGAUCUGCUCUGAUCAUACACCAUGCAAGACAGCAAGAGGAUCGCCAUCAUCGGCAGUGGUGCAGCGGGUAUGGCCGCCCUCUGGGCGCUGCACAAGCACUCGCCUCACCAAGUCCAUCUCUACGAGGCGGCUUCUCGUCUGGGGGGGCACAUCAACACUGUACAAUUCAAGAGAGGGAGCGAUGCCGUCAACGUCGACACCGGAUUUAUUGUGUUGAACAAUUCUACCUAUCCCAACUUUCUCAACUUUCUUAACACCAUCAAUGUCCCAACCAUCCCUUCAGAAAUGUCGUUUAGUGUGUCGCGGUUCUCUGAGUCCGGACCCUUUGAAUGGGCCGGGUCCUCCUUGAGGAAUCUCUUCGCCCAGGGCAAGAACCUCUUCUCUCCUGAUAUGUGGCGGAUGGUGUUUGAUAUGGUGCGAUUCAACCACUUUGCACCAGACCUUCUCCGCCUGCCUGACGAGGACAAUACCAUCUCCAUUGGUGAGUAUCUCGAGAGAGAGGGGUACUCGGCUUUCUUCCGGGACAACUACCUGAUUCCUUUGACGGCGUCGACGUGGAGCACAAGUCCGGAGAAGUGCGACUUGCAAUUUCCGGCUGUGACCCUAAUAAGAUUCCUGUAUAACCACAACCUUCUAAACACUCUCGGGCGCGGACUAGAAUGGCUCUCGGUGGCCAACGGCGCCAAAAGCUACGUUGAGGUGGUAAUGGCUGAUUUUCCCGCCGAGCGAGUAUUUCUCAAUGAGCCUGUGGUGUCCGUCACCAAUGACUCUGUGUCUGGUCUGGUUCAUAUCACCACCGCAAAGGGCAAAACAGUCACCUACGACCAUGUUAUCAUUGCCACACCGGCACCUCAGGCAUUAUCCAUGAUCUCUGCCUCCGCAACUCCAGCUGAGAAAUCCAUCCUCUCCGCUUUUGAAACAACCACCAAUACCGCAGUCCUCCACUCUGACGAGACUCUCCUCCCCCAAAACAGAAGGGUCUGGUCUACAUGGAACUACCUCAGCAACGGCUCCGCAGACCAGGUAUGCGUUACCUACAACAUGAACCGCGCCCAGGGUGCCUCACACUCCAAGUACGGAUCGGUCUUGGUGACGAUGAAUCCGAUGUUCAUGCCUGAUGAGCGGACGAUCCAGGGGGUUUACCAAUAUGAGCACCCACUGUUUACCCCUGCUGCGGUCAAGGCGCAGACAUUGCUGCCACAGAUCCAGGGUACACGGGGUAUUAGCUAUGUAGGCGCGUGGACGAUGUACGGGUUUCACGAGGAUGCCUUUACAAGUGCGUUUGGGGUUGUCAAGGAGUUGGGCGCGAAGAUUCCCUUCCAAGUUGCUGAAAGUCGGUUAAAGGGUGGGAAUGUGUUGGAGGUGACGUGGUUGGAGUAUGUAUUCAAGUUGAUGUUGCAGGGCGUGCAGUAUCUUAUUGUGCUCCUGAUGGGAAGUACACUGAGGGAAGGAGUGAAGCAGAAGGCGCGGUAGAGUGUCUGUCUAGCUAGACUCUACCGACCGUAUAU